AAAAAAGCUAUCAGAAUCUUAGAGGGAAGCAUUAGUGUGACUGAUGAAAACUAUACUGAUCCAACAAUGACAGAUUACCAAUUAUCAAAACCUAGUCCCCGUCAAUUAUUAGCUAUUUGCCUAUCUAAUGCAGCCCAUUGCCUGUUUAAAUUUGGCACGACAUGCACUGUCAAUCCAAAGAAGUCUCAAUUCGACUACCUUUAUGCAUGUAUCAAAUGCUGUGAGCGAGCAGUCAAUCUCGAACCAAACUAUAUAAAGGCAUGGUUCCGUUUAGCCAAGACUCAUGCUUUAUUAGGGAACUAUGAAGAAGCUCUUAAAACUGGAGGGAAGUGUCUCACAUAUUCUACCGAUGAAAACUGUUAUGGCUCUAAAUGGAUUAGCAUCGAUGAACGCACAAAAGUUGAUAUCAGCAACAAAAUAAAAACACUACUGUCAGAAUGGCGUGUUUCAUUAGCUAGUGAAGAAAAAACUGAAAGAUCCAUUAUUCGGAACCGAACAGUUCAAAAGUAUUCAUCUUUCGGAGAUUGGUGUUAUGAUGAAAUGGAUGAAAUUGAAAAAUUGCCUAUUUCUGUAUGGUCAAAUGACCUAGCAGAGAAUAUGAUGUCUCUUCAUGAAGAGCUUGAAGCAUUUGGAGAAAAAAUGCCUGAAUUCAAAGCUUCCAGAGCAAGGGGUAAAGAUAGAUUAACAACAAUUCAAGAUGAAGACACCGAUGAAGACAGUUUCCAGCAGAAUAUGAUUUAAGUACCAAGUAUCCACACAAACAGUCAAAUCGACGUCGCAUGAUUAGAAAAAUAAACCCUGGUAAAUUCAAAUGAACUAUAAUAAUGUACAUUCAUAAAUUAUUAAUUUUGUACAGAAAUAAUUCGAUAAAAGUAUUAUUAUCAUACAUCGUAAAUAUUUCCUACGGUUUUUCAUUAACAGCACGUUUAAUUUGAAAUUCUGGGUAAAUAUUUUCCAUUUUCAUAUAAGGUUUUAAAACAUCUGGAAUGAUAAUAUGCCUGUCCUAAAAAUAGGAUAAAUAGAGUAGAUUAGUUCUUCAGUAUAGAUAAAGACAGCUCAUAAAAUUACCUUUAGGUUUGCUGGUAAGAGAAAUAUUGAGUUUGGCUAGUGAAUGGGUUCAUCUUAAUCAUAUAUAGUUGAGUCUAGUUCAGUGCAGAUACUAAUGCAAAUCAAUGCUGGAUCAUACGAUGAACACGCAUUAGUAAGACUCAAAUUCUAAGUAAAGUUGAUACAACUUAAAUAUCAAGUACAGUUUUAGAGCUGCACUAUUUGCAUGAGGCUUAUUGAUAUCACUCAUUUGCCCCAACCAAACCAGGUAGAAUGAGGUAUGAAGUUGGGAUUGGCUAGUUAAGAAAUGACUUCAAGCUAUCGCUGAAGUUGAGUUGACCG